GAGUCCAGCGCUGUCCUCAACCGUCAGAUCAAAUAGUCAGCAAAUUGAUAAAACUUGUCAGACGUGACAAUCUCGCCACUGCGCAAAUGGAACAAGUUGAAGAAACAAGUGGUCUCGGAAAGAGAGCACACAUCGUCAUCACGCUUAAGCGCCAGUGGCUAAAAAGCAUUCCAUCUCACAGCGUAACAAGCCAACUUGGCACAGUUUCCGCCCUCUUUACCAGUUGCAUCCAAUUACCACAGACAUGUGCUAUUGCCCCUGGCCUUGACGGAACAGCGAAUUCCUUUAGAUGCAUUCGUGGCGCGAGUAAACUGUAGCUUCUUUGGAAAAGUGCACGCAUGAAACAACCCACGGCGUUACAUCUGUAGAUGAGUUUUUAACAUGGUCCGUCUCACUUUCUCUUCCUUGGCGGCUCGGCACUGUACAACAACAACAACCUCUUUCACAAAUGGCAGCCAUGUCACAAAGGAAACCUGGAACUCGCACAAGAAGAUGAUGUUGGAACCUCUGGCUGUCAAUGACGCUGAGAUGUUCUCCAUCAUUAAAAAGGAAAAGCACAGGCAAAUGUACGGCCUGGAGCUCAUUGCGUCAGAGAACUUUACCAGCAGAGCAGUUCUCGAGGCUCUGGGCUCUUGUAUGAACAACAAAUACUCGAAAUAUCCUGGUCAGAAGUACUAUGGCGUAACUGAGAAUGUUGAUGAGCUGCAGAAACUCUGCCAGAGGAGGGCGCUAGAGGCCUACAGCCUGGACUCGGACAAAUGGGGCGUGAACGUGCAGCCAUAUUCAGGUUCUCCUGCCAACUUUGCUGUUUUCACCGCCAUUGUGGAACCGCAUGGUAGAAUCAUGGGCCUGGACCUUCCUGAUGGAGGUCACCUGACACACGGCUUCAUGAUCGAAAAGAAAAAAAUCUCUGCAACGUCCAUCUUCUUUGAAUCCAUGCCGUACAAGGUGAAUCCCGAAACUGGCUACAUCGACUACGAUCGACUGCAAGAAAAUGCUCGCCUUUUCCAUCCCAAACUCAUCAUUGCAGGAACGAGCUGCUACUCCCGUAACAUCGACUACGCCCGCAUGAGGCAGAUCGCGAACGAGAAUGGCGCAUAUCUGAUGGGAGACAUGGCGCACAUCAGUGGACUAGUGGCAGCUGGAGUCGUGCCUUCACCCUUUGACUACUGUGACAUUGUUUCCACGACGACGCACAAGACCUUGCGCGGCUGCAGAGGUGGACUGAUUUUCUUCAGGAAAGGUGUGCGCAGUGUGGACGCCAAAGGGAAGGAGACGAUCUACAAUCUCGAGUCUUUAAUCAAUCAGGCUGUCUUUCCGGGGUUGCAGGGCGGACCACACAACCACGCCAUUGCAGGUGUUGCCGUAGCACUCAAACAAGCCAUGACACCAGAGUUCAAGGCUUACCAGAAGCAGGUUCUUGUCAACUGCAAAGCUCUCUCCACCGCCCUCAUUGAGCAUGGCUACAAGAUUGUCACUGGUGGUUCUGACAAUCAUCUGAUACUGUUGGACCUGCGCAGCAAAGGAACUGAUGGAGGACGGGCUGAGAAGGUUCUGGAAGCCUGUGCUAUUGCCUGUAAUAAGAACACCUGUCCAGGGGACAAAAGUGCUUUGCGCCCCAGUGGGCUGAGAUUUGGCUCCCCAGCGCUGACCUCCAGAGGCUUGCUGGAAGAUGACUUCAGGAAGGUGGCAGACUUCCUCCACAGAGGCAUUGAGCUGACCUUGGAGGUGCAGAGAAGUCUGGAUCCCAAGGCCACUCUGAAGGAGUUCAUCCAGGCCUUGGCCAAGGAAGAAAAGUUCCAACAGCGUGUGAAUGAGCUCAGAGCAGAGGUUGAAGCGUUCGCUGGUCAUUUUGCCAUGCCUGGCCACCCCGAGCUGUAAAUCACGAUGGCUCAACUGAUGGUUGUUGUUGGACUGUUAAUUAUGGAAACUAUUGCACACAAUUUUGGAGGUGUAAAUUUGGGUGUGUAUAUUUGAUCUGGUUAAAAAAAAAUUUGAGGGCCUCUGUCCUACAUAUUUUAGCUGCGUCCUUGUCAGGGUUUUGCCCGGCCAAAGUUAAACAAAAGACUCGCCACACAGGGAAGAUUGUCUUUGCAGUCGGCGGGAGCACGAUUUCCCAGAGCGAACGACGGCAGUUGCUCCGCAAUCACACUCAAAGUUCCUCAUACUCCUCGUCCGGACUUUUAUUGUUUACAUAUGCAAAAUACAGGAAAAAACACUUUGACCUCAUCAGAAAACUGUGAAGAAGCCUGAAAAUGGUCCUUUCAAACAUGUCAGACAGCGGCACUUCAGGACCGAGUUUGGACACUCCUUGGUUCAAACCUUGUUUGCCAACAAAAUAAGUGUGCCUGAGGUGCA